AUGGUGGAGAACUACUUACGCGCCACGAGAUUCUACCAUGUCUCUAAAAUUGGAGUCAUAAGAGAAUUUCACCCCAUGUUAGCUGCUCUGGUUGAAAGGUGGAGGGCUGAGACCCACACUUUUAUAUUGCCGAUCGGUGAGGUUACAAUGACAUUAGAAGAUGUCGCUAAUAUAUUCGGCCUAUCCAUUGAUGGAGAGCCUGUCAGUGGAUGGAAAGAUAGUAGUAACGACUUCGUUCAAAAUCAGGGCAUAGCGAUAUUCGGUCGUGUGCCAUCAGUCAGUCAGAAUGCGAAGUCCUAUAUAAAGCUGGGUUGGGUUCGAUGUAUUAGAGACGCAGAGCUGUUGGACACUGAGGAGUCCAUCAGGCGAUACGUCAGAUGUCAGAUCUUCUGUUUGUUAGGAUCGACUUUAUUCACGGACAAGUCGACCGCAUAUGCCCAUGCGAAAUAUGUACCAUUGCUUCGCGAUUUCGAGCGGAUCCGUACUUAUAGUUGGGGGUCAGCAUGUCUGGCACAUCUUUACAGAGCACUAUGCCGUGCAUUACGAUAUGAUACAAAGGAGAUGGAUGGCCCUCUGAAUCUGUUGUUUGUUUGGGCAUGGGAGUGA